UGGGCGUUAGCGAAGUGUCCUCUCGAGUAAGAAGAGUUAGGAUGCCUCUGAUGACAAAACAACUGAGAGAUCCUGACAUAAAUCCUUGCUUGUCAGAGACUGAUGCUUCUAGCAGAUGUAUGGCUGAAAAUAACUAUAACAAGGAAAGGUAUUCCAGUUACUUCUUGAAGUACAAAAACUGCCAGAGAUUCUGGAAUUCUAUCAUGGUCCAAAGAUGACAGAAUGGAGUGAAGCCAUUUAUGCCUAUAGCAGCAGAAAGAGCUGAAAU